CUACUAAUAGCUAAACCACAUUGUGUACUAAUACAUAACAAAUCAUAUUACUACAGAGUGUGGAGCAAAUGAGUUCGUAUUUUGUAAACCCUACUUUUCCUGUUUCACUGCCUAGUGGUCAGGACUCCUUUCUCGGGCAGAUCCCACUCUAUACAGCUGGGUAUGAUGCUCUAAGGCACUUUCCAGCUUCCUAUGGGGCAACGACCCUCCAGGACAAGAGUUACUCGUCACCUUGUUAUUAUCAACAAUCCAACUCAGUAAUAGCCUGCAAUCGUGCAUCGUAUGAGUAUGGAGCUUCUUGUUUCUAUCCUGAGAAGGAUAUAGCCAGUAUAUCGCCAUCCAGUAGUGGAAAACAUAGAGCCCAAGAUGACUUCUUUUCCUCAGAUCAACAUUACAAAUCAGAUUGUGCGCAAAACAAAUUUUUAAGUGAGGAAGCAAACGACCGGAAGUACAGUACACCAAUUUAUCCUUGGAUGCAACGAAUGAAUUCAAGUUCUAGUUCUGUAUUUGGGCCACAUGGACGUCGAGGGCGACAAACCUAUACACGAUUCCAAACUCUGGAGCUCGAGAAAGAAUUUCACUUUAACAGAUAUUUAACAAGGCGCCGCCGGAUAGAAAUCGCCAACGCACUCUGCCUUACAGAACGUCAGAUAAAGAUCUGGUUUCAGAAUAGGAGAAUGAAAUGGAAAAAGGAAAACAAACUUCUAAACACAACAGAAUCUAACAGCGAAGGAACAGAAGAGAAAACAGGGGAGUAGCGUGCACAUUCAAAAUAAGUUUGUCUGGGCCUUUCUGUUAGAUAGUGGUUUAUGUGCUCAAUCUGCUAAACAGAGCAGAAAAAAAAUAUUUCUAUUAGUUUCCGUUACUAUUCUCCAUGAGCUUGUGUCUGUGUAUAAGUGGUAGAAGAAGUAUUUAAAUAAUUCCGCAUUCCAUAGGAUACUAUAAUUAUUCAACAUAGGAUUAAUUGUUUUAUAAAUGUGAAAUGUGAGUGUUUCUGCUUCUCUCGUGGUUACUCUGUGAUGACUUGCUUUCCAAAUAGUACUCCCAAUUGUUUCAAUCGAUAUUUUUCUUCAUGGAUAUAAUUUGACAGUUUUCAAAUAAAUGAACGCAAUAGGUAUGCCCUUUUGGUACAGUUAAAUACAGUACUGCA